AUGAGGCUGAGCUUCCGGGGUCUGUAGCUGGAGCGCCGGAGGAAGAGCAGGAUCAGCUGAACUACAGAAGAAAUGAAAAUGUUCUCCUAAAAUUCAUCACCAACAAAAAGGAUAUUUAACUAAGAGGAAUGUUAAACUGCUGAAAGAGGUGAAGCACAAGCCAUCCUGAAGAAUCUCCAGAACACGCAGAAAUUGUUUGAUACAUUUAACAGACAAAUGAAGCCAAGUCCCAACAUGGAGAAACAGCAGAACUCUGUCAAGAGUUUUACUAAACAGAGUAAUCUCAAAAAACACCAGCGCAUUCACACAGGAGAGAAACUGUAUCACUGCUCAGACUGUGGGAAGAUUUUUACUAAACAAAGUGAUCUCAAAAUACAUCAGCGCAUUCACACAGGAGAGAAACCGUAUCACUGCUCAGACUGUGGGAAGAGUUUUAAUCAAGGCAGUCAUCUCCAACAACACCAGCGCAUUCACACAGGAGAGAAACCGUAUCACUGCUCAGACUGUGGGAAGAGAUUUAUUGAACAGAGUACUCUCAAACGACACCAGCGCAUUCACACAGGAGAGAAACCGUAUUACUGCUCAGACUGUGGAAAGAGUUUUAAUAGACUGGAGACUCUAAAACUGCACCAGAGCAUUCACACAGGAGAGAAACCGUAUUACUGCUCAGACUGUGGGAAAAGUUUUAAUCAACAGAGUACUUUCCAAAUACAUCAGCGCAUUCACACAGGAGAGAAACCGUAUUACUGCUCAGACUGUGGGAGGAAUUUUAAUCAUCAGAGUAAUCUCAAAAAACACUGGCGCAUUCACACAGGAGAGAAACCGCAUCAUUGCUCAGACUGUGGGAAGAGUUUUACUACACCGAGUAAACUCAAAAAUCACCAGCGCAUUCACACAGGGGAGAAACCAUAUUACUGCUCAGACUGUGGGAAGAGUUUUAAUCAACAGAAUCAUUUCAAAACACACCAGCGCAUUCACACAGGGGAGAAACCGUAUCACUGCUCAGACUGUGGGAAGAGUUUUACUACACAGAGUGAUCUCAAACGACACCAGCGAAUUCACACAGGAGAGAAAACUAUCCCACAUUUGUCCCACAGCAAUUAAAAGUGCAAAUCGUAAAUCUUUCAGACAGAACACCUUAUCCUACACAAAUGUUUCACUCUGUUACUUGGGACACGUUCCACCAAAAACAAACAUGAACUAAAUUUAAUCAUGGAUUUUACAGGUUCAGCAAAAUGAAUCUUAACCAGGGAUGAUGUUUAUUGAAUUCCAUGUUGUGUUUUCUCGUAUGUUUAAUAUUCCAGGACAUUCUUUGUGAGACAGAGUUCAGUUCUGAAGAAGGAGAGGUAUUUUGGGUUUGAGCGAUGGACACUGAGAGCUCCCAAAAGUGAGACCCAGAGCCACAGAGAGACGACACUGUGCCGGGUACUGCCGUGUGGACCGGAGGAGCAUCCAGACCCUGCAGAGAGGCCAACAAAAUCCUUUCCAGAGGUUAAAUAAAAUGGUCAGCUGUAGUUCCCAAACUGAAAUCAACCUCCUCCAGGCUUGUGUAGCGCUGUAAGGUUGCAGGCUCAUUCACUCCCUCUGAUGGUGUUCUCGUUUGUCUAUGGUUCAGUCGUUCUGAUUAAAAAUCUGUUACCAUAGAGAGAUAUAGAUGGAUAUUUGGUCGUUGUAUUACUCAAGUUUUAUACUCACUUAUCUUUUUCUUAUUGAAUAUUAUAUGUUGCUGAAGUUUUUUAAAUCUACAAAUUUACUAAGAAUAUCCAAAUCAUGUGGUUUUUAAUUGUUUUUAUCCACUGCAAACUAUUAUCUUUGUAUGGCUUAACCUCUAUAUUUACUCAUCUGUUUGUUUUAAUAAACGGCUUUUAGAUUGCAGAUCUGCAAUCUUAUUGUGUUUUCUCAACAUAUGUUUGACAUGAAACCUAUUGGCCUGAGAUUGUCUUAUGUUAUUAUUUGUUGAAUGCUCAAAGGUGCCCAACGAAGAAAUCCAGUGUGAAAUGUAUUUGUGUUGAAUUGAAACAUAGUCAAUUUCAGAUUGAAAUUCAGAGAGAAAUAUUUUUUAAAUGGUUCAGGCUUAAAAGGGUUAAAUAUACAUUUACUUCCAAAGGUAGAGUAGCAUGUGUUUAACUUGUAUUCUGUAAAGUUUUUUUUAUUGUGAAUGCUUGUGGGUUGUGUCAUUCACCAACUACACUUAAUUACCAAAUUCUACAUUUGAGAUAUUGACCAUUUUUAUUAGUAGCUAGCCUUGCUAAAUAUCCAAACACAGCAUUUGCAAUUUUACUGACCAAAUGAAUGAAAAGAUGGCGGUGAAAAAAAGAUGAAUGAAAAGAUGGCGGUGCGCAGUAGUGCAACGGCCUCUCACGCUCCUAGCGAACACCCUAUUUUGAGCUGUUUUUAUGCCGGUUCUGAACCCAACUUCACGUGCCCCACGCGUGUGAGUUGUAGCAGAACUGAACUUUUGAGGAUUAAGGACAGUUUGUUCAGUAAAACAGCAACUAUGGACAAUAAUACCUGAGCUUCACUGGGCAGACUACAGCUCCUCCGCUUCUCUCUGACCACAUCUCUAUCAUGCUGGUCCCCACAUACCAUGCCCCACUGCGACACUCCAAACCCACACAGAAGACCAUUACUGUGUGGCCCAGUGACGGAGACGCUGUGCUGCAGGACUGCUUCGACUGCACCUCCUCUCUGAAUGUCUGACUCGUCGUUCUUGCUGAUGAGGCCAACAACAGUUGUGUCAUCAGCGAACUUGACGAUGUGGUAUGAGCUGUACUUUGCAGUACAGUCACGAGUCAGCAGAGUGAACAGCAGUGGACUGAGCACACAGCCCUGGGGGCGCAGGUGCUCAGUAUGGUGGUGCUGGAGGUGUUGUUUCCAAUCCUGACUGAUUGUGGUUUCUCAGUCAGAAAGUCCAAAACCCAUUUACAGAGGGAGGAGCUCAGGCCCAGCAAGCUCAGUUUUCCGAUCAGGUGCUGAGGGAUGAUGGUGUUGAAUGCUGAUCUGAAGUCAAUGAACAGCAUUCGAACAUAGCAGUCUUUGUUGUCCAGGUGGGUGAGAGCCAGGUGGAGCGGAGUAGACAUGGCAUCAUCUGUUGAUCUGUUCGGACGAUGCGCAAACUGCAGAGGGUCCAGUGAGGAGGUCAUUGAAACUGGACAACAAGCUGUUAACUGGAGUCUCCAGACACUAGCUUCACGUAAUCUUGGAGUAAAGUGUGAAAAUCUGGAAUCAGUUUUUAAACCUGGAAAUCUCCCACCUGAAAGAGCUGGACCUCAGUAACAAUGACCUGCAGGACUCAGGAGUGGGACUGCUCUCUGCUGGACUGAAGAGUUCACAGUGUAAACUGCAGAUUCUCAGGGUUCAGGUUUCUUCCACACACCUGCACUGAGUGUGUCUGAGGACUGAGGUCAAGCUGGACAUGGAGACCAUUUACCCACCAACAGAGGUCACUGCCCUGUGAGCUCUAUCUGAACCGUUGUCUCUGGAGAGGACAUUUCUCUGAGGGAUGUCACCAUUGAAGAUGUGGGGUCUCUGUGGUCAUUUCUCCCUGGAUGGAGGCAGACACUCUUCCACCAAAGAACCUCCUGAAAAAGUUUGCAGGAGCUUCCUGUGAACAGGAGCCCACUGCUACUGCAAUUCUCAAAAAAGAAGAGGGAUCCUUGCUGGACAUUUAUAAGAAUUAACAAAGCCGCGUCUUUGUUUCUCCUGUGAUGGUUAACAGUUGUUCAGUGUUCAGGUUAUGUAACCAUUGCAGGAGAUGCCACUGUGUUGUAAAAAAAAUUAAAACAAUGGUUAUUCAAGGGUUCUUUAAAUAAAACGUGUGUAUAUAUAUAUAUAUAUAUAUAUAUAUAUAUAUAUAUAUAUAUAUAUAUAUAUAUAUAUAUAUAUAUAUAUAUAUGGGCAGAAAGGGCAGGAAACAUGCUGGACAGGACCUCAACCCAUAACAGGCUCACUCUUUUAUUAUUGGUUCAUUUUUUGAAUAUUUUUUUUAUUUAAAGCUUUGCUAUGAGAUGCCAGUUAAUCCAUGUUUACUGUUCACAUUGAAAACAAUAAAGAAUGUUUGCUUGGUUCCUCCGUCUUUUCAUCAUUACCAUCACCAGUAUUAUAGAAUGAAUAUUGUACCACUUUACUUUAAGGUCCACAAACAUCAUGAACUCAUGAAGAAUUGAUACUUAAUUAACGCUGAAUAUUUUUGUUAUAUGAGGUGUUGGCGGAUCCUUUGGUUUUUAC